ACCACCUCAACGAACAGGCGAUCGAGCAACCAACACAGCAAACAUGUCCCGAAUCCUCACCCGCCCGGCUGUCAGGGCGUUUUCCACACAAUUUCGGCUCUCUACUGGUGCCUUACGCUAUGUCCAUAGUGAGCGGGUCCCGUACUCUGGUCCUCCAAGUUACGAUACACUCAAUCGACGCUUUUCCUCUGACAUCAACCCCCACACCUACGUCUCUCAUCAGCAUGCAAAAGCGGCUAAAGAACGCGGUGAAAUCUUUGAUAUACAUGACUCCAGUGGCGUGGACCCGUUGAAUUUCGAUGUUUUGAUUGCGGAUGUAGAUGAUAAGGUUUUGCGGGGCAAAAUUUCAGAGGUAGUGGGGAUACCAUACCAUUCAAAGGCAACCAUCGAGGAUGCUGGUAGGAAACUAGAAACUGGAUAUUGUUACCUAUACGGAGAAAGUUCUCGGAUAAUAUUUCCUACGGUUGUUAGUAAUCGGACUCGGGCUCAUUGGGUUUUUUUUGUUGUGGAAACUGGAGCUCCGUGGACUCACCUUUCAGCACGGGUAAGUUCUACUCCUAAUUAAAAGAGGUCAAGUCCAUUGCUAACUACUUUAGACUUGUGAGCUCUUAGGUUUUGCGCCAGAACAAGCGAUGCCGAAUCUCGUCACGAUUGCGGGAUACACCCACCCAAUCUACAGAUCGCCUCGCAAUAAACACUUUUCCGAUCUCAACCUUCUCGGCAUGGAUUUUUUUUCUGUGCAUAGGAUUUCACAGUGGAAUGAUUUUCUGAAGCGUCGUGCAAUCUUGUUCUUUGGUACGAAAUGGGAGCCGCCUAGGAAGGUCGAGUCAUAGGUUUGUGUACUAGCAAUAGGAGGAAGAGAGGAGGUUGAGGGAUGGUUUUUUCUUUAACUGUACUUUCCUCCUUACUCUUGAAUACUACAAUAUCUACCAUGGCCAAUAAAGUCCUGUUCAUAAAGUUGCAUAAGAGUGCUGCGGUAGUAUGGCAUGGGAACUCUGUACCCGGAGCACUAAAGUGAGGUAUUUGGGAGUCAACGUCAAAACCUGAAGACUUUUUAACAGAAAUUCCAGUCAAAAAAGUAACUCU